CACAACUUCCGCUCACGCCAUUAGGCUGUGUGAGGGAAAUGUUUAAAGCAAAACAUUGAUUAUUUUUCAUUCGGAAACAGUCAUUUGUUAUGUGCUUUGCACUACACAGUGUGUGUGUGUGUGAGAAAAAAGUAAGAGGAGGAGCUUUUCCACAGCCGGUGGUGAUGUGUUGUGCGACAGCUGAUACUGAUGUGUGUGUCUGCUCUGUCAGUGUUUCACUCACACGCCGACUGUAGUUUUAUGGUUCUGUAACACAAAAUGGACUUUACUGUGAAAAGACUGGCAGCGGACGCGGGGACCUUCCUGAGUCGGGCGGUACAGUUCACAGAGGAAAAGCUGGGCCAGGCUGAGAAAACUGAGCUGGAUGCACAUUUGGAAAAUCUUCUCACCAGAGCUGAAUGCACCAAACACUGGACAGAGAAGAUUUUGAAGCAAACAGAAGUGCUACUGCAGCCAAAUCCAAAUGUGCGGAUAGAAGAGUUUUUCUAUGGGAAAUUGGACAAAAAAGCCCCCACACGGCAGAAUAACCAUGAGAUGCUGGGUCAAUUCAUGAUUGAUUCUGGGAAUGAGUUUGGACCUGGCGCAGCCUACGGAAAUGCUCUGACCAAGUGUGGAGAGACGGAGAAGCAGAUCGGAGGAGCCGAAAGAGAGUUUAUCCAGAGCGCUGCUAUUAAUUUCCUCACACCUUUCAGGAAUUUUCUGGAGGGUGAUUUCAAAACUAUACUGAAAGAACGCAAGUUGCUGCAAAUCAAACGACUGGAUCUUGAUGCGGCGAAGACGAAGUUGAAGAAAGCCAAAAUGGCUGAGGCAAGAGCUGCUGCUGAGCAGGAGCUGAAGGUCACGCAGAGUGAGUUUGACAGGCAGGCUGAGAUAACCCGACUGCUUCUGGAUGGAGUCAGCAGUACACACGCUCACCAUCUUCGCUGUCUGAACGACUUUGUCGAGGCUCAGACCACAUAUUACGCGCAGUGUUAUCAGUACAUGGUGGAUCUGCAGAAACAGCUGGGAAGCUUCCCUUCCUCAUUCUCUUCCAAUAAUAACCAGUGUUCAGCGGGGGCGGGAGCCAGCGUCUCUGUACCAACUCUGCCACUUUCCAGUGUUCCCUCUGCCAGUGCCACUCAGAGCCGCUCAGGUUUCAGCGAGCUGCUGAGCUCAAGCGUAAGCCGCAAGGCACGGGUACUGUAUGAUUAUGACGCCGCCGGCAGCAACGAGCUCUCCUUAUUGGCCGACGAAGUGAUUACUGUGAGCAGCGUCCCAGGCAUGGAUUCCGAUUGGCUCAUGGGAGAGCGUGGUAACCAGAGGGGCAAAGUGCCAAUUACAUAUCUCGAGCUCCUAAACUGAGCGGCAAGCAUAAAAUAAAUAAAUAAAUAAAAAAACUACACACAAUUCGGAUGGGAUUACACCAUAUUCAAUGUGUUUAUGCAACUGUGCUGCUUCUGUGAGCUGCUUUCGUGCCAUCAGUAUGUCCUGGAUAUUUAGCUUCAGCAAGAGAAGAGAGUCUCACCCAAGUCAUUUCUGUUUACAAGCUGAUUAACGCAUAAGUGCUUCGGAUUUAACGUCAUUACUGCCAAUACUCGGUAUUAUAACUUAAGACUGAUAAGAAGAGCUUGCUUUUGUAUUGAAAUGUUAUUUAACAUAACAACCAUGAAUCACAGGAACUUAUAUCGUACUAAAGUCUGUUAUGCAAAUUCACCACAAAUAGCUGUGCCAUUUCUUAGAUUUCAUCAUUUUUUAUUAUUUUUUUUAUUUUGCUUUUUAAAAGAAUUCCUUUAACUGACUCGCAGGGAUACAAACAGAAGUGAUUUAUUAUACUGUGGGCUAGCUGGCUGAUAAUAGCCGUAGUAGCCAUGUGACUCAGACAUGAUCUUUUUAUUUGUGAAUUUUUGAAAAUGGCAUUCGGUUUAAAACCAAUGCGUUUUUUUUUUUGUUUGUUUGUUUUUUUUGGAAACAAAUACUGUCAUUGCUUUUUAUUUCUAAAAUAGUUGGAACAGUUGUUCAGACAUUUGUUUAGAUAAAGAGAGAAGACGCGAAUAGUAUUCAGCACGUGACCGUGUUUAGAGAGAGCACGUUUACUUGUGAGGUUCUGUACAGUUUACAGGUUGUUGUAAGGAGCAGCUCAUGAACUUGAUUUUAUACUCGUACUUCCAGUGUCGUGUGCCUUUAAAUACCGCCGUGCCUUUUUAUCAAGCCAGUUUUACUUGUCAGAUUUGUAAAGCAGGUCUAAUGAGCCGAGGCUGAGCAUUAGGACUGUACAGUGUUCCAGACUUGCACAUGUUUGAAUAUGUGCAAGUCUUAAUGAUCACACAAUGAUCUCUUGCGUGAAAUCGUCACUUUUAAGUUACGAGUUUAAAAGCUACAGCGAAGUCAUUGACUCCGUUGGAAAAGUGCAGCUGUCUCAAACCAAACACAUCCUUAAUUAAUAUGCUCCGAGGCAAUACCAGUGCAACAAACUGCAUUUACUAACACAGUUGGUGGUUUCUUUUCCCCAUGCUCGUGAGACAGCUUCAGAAUAUUUCACUCUCAAGUUUCAGUUUGCGCAUCAUCCUGUCCCAGUCCACGGUCUCAACACGUCUCCUAAGUAUAUUGCUGCCAUUUUGCCUUAUUACCAAUAUAUACAUUUUACAUCCUUUACCAUAUACAUGCAUGAAUUGUAACUGUUUUUGUGGGAGGCCACAAGCGGUUAAUGUCUUGUUAAUCUGAUUUCUUUUGACAUGUGUAUAAUAAAAAUAAAAAAAAAAGAAAGAAAAACAGUUGUAAUGAAAAAG